CGUGGACUCGGUGGGCGGAAGGACCUGUUUCCACACUGUAUGUCUAAACUAAACUGUUUAGUUUUGAAAGGAUCUACAAAAUCUGGAAUAACUCAGCAGGUCAGACAGCACCUCUGGCGAAAAGGAAUGGGUGGCGUUUCAUAGAAACAUAGAAACAUAGAAAAUAGGUGCAGGAGUAGGCCAUUCGGCCCUUCGAGCCUGCACCGCCAUUCAAUAUGAUCAUGGCUGAUCAUCCAACUCGGUAUCCAAUAUCUGCCUUCUCUCCAUACCCCCUGAUCCCUUUAGCCACAAGGGCCACAUCUAACUCCCUCUUAAAUAUAGCCAAUGAACUGUGGCCUCAACUACCUUCUGUGGCAGAAAAUUCCAGAGAUUCACUACUCUCUGUGUAAAAAAUGUUUUUCUCAUCUCAGUACUAAAUGAUUUCCCCCUUAUCCUUAAACUGUGACCCCUUGUUCUGGACUUCCCCAACAUCGGGAACAAUCUUCCUGCAUCUAGCCUGUCCAACCCCUUAAGAAUUUUUUACGUUUCUGUAAGAUCCCCCCUCAAUCUCCAAAAUUCUAACGAGUACAAGCCGAGUCUAUCCAGUUUCGAGUUGAUGUUAAACUGGCGUUUGGGUGAAUAUUGAAUUAAAUUUUUUUUUUUUUUGCCGUUUGCGUUUCAGGAAUUUGUCUCCCAUUCGUCGCGAGCAAACGUUCUCUGGACCUGCCGAGCCAUGAAUAUAAGUGGGUUGGCGAGCAGCACGCUGGAGAUGCUGACCAACUCCAUGUUGCACCACACCUUGCCCACCAUCUACCUGGCCAUCUUCCUCAUCAGCACCCCCCUCAAUGCCCUCUCCCUCUGGCUCCUCUGCUGCCGCAUGUGGCCCAAGACGCCCACCAUGAUCUUCUCCAUCAACCUGGCCGUCUCCGACCUGCUCUACAGCCUGACCCUGCCCUUCCAGAUGGCCUACCACUGGAACUGGAACAACUGGCUGGUCGGCGAGCCCCUCUGCCGGCUGGUGACCGUCCUCUUCUACGGCAACAUGCACUGCUCCAUCCUGACCGUCAUGCUGAUCAGCGUGGAGCGCUACCUGGGCAUCGUCCACCCGCUGCGCACAUCGCACCUCCGCACCAUCAGGGCGGCCGCCGUCCUCUGUGUCGCCACCUGGUUCUUUGUCCUCACCGUCCACGCGCCCCUCAUCUACUCCGAGCUGACCUACAACGUCACGGCCUUGAACAUCACCACCUGCUUUGACGUCAUGAGGCGCAACAUGUUCCCCUCCAUCAAUUUAUUCUACCUGUACUACUCAAUUCAAAUCCUUCUCUUCUUCCUGCUCCCGUUCACCAUCAUGGUGGUGUGCUACUCCAAGAUCAUCAGGGCCUUGUUGAAGACCUCGGCGAAGGAGAUGAGGGAGUCGAGGAAGCAGAUAGUCUACCUGACAGUUGUGGUGCUGUUGGUCUUCACCAUCUGCUACCUGCCCACCCAGAUCAUCUUGAUCAUCCAUUUUGUGCUCUCCCGCCAGGGCAGGCCGAUCUAUGUUGUCUACAAGCUCUCCCUCGCUCUGUGCGGCCUCAACGGCUGCUUCGACCCACUGCUGUACUACUUUGCCUCGAAGGAGUUCCGGAGGAAGACGCAGAAACUGUGCCCGUGCAUUCCCGUCGAUGAAGGCGACAAGACUUUGAGUAACACUAUGCAAGCUCUGUCUCCCAAGGGCAGUCAGUAGCAAGGUCGAAAGGAGGUGAGGUCUCCCUACUUGUUGCACCACACCUUGCCCACCAUCUACCUGGCCAUCUUUGUCAUCAGCGCCUCCUCUCAAUGUCCUCUCCCUCUGGCUGCUCCACUGCCCAAUGUGGCCCAAGACCCUCACCAUGAUCCGGUGACCACAUGCAGUCAGUACCGUGGUCGGAGGGAGGUGUGGUCUCCAACUUGAGUUAAUGGAGGAACGUUCUCUGAUGCCUUUGACCUUCCGACCAGUGACGAUGGACAAGGAGGUCCUCACUGUCCCGAUUCCAAAUGGAAAGUGAGUGGACGCCGGGCACACAGUCGGUCAGUCAGGUUACAGUCUAGUUGAUUGUCACGUGUACUGAGGUACAGUGAAAAGCUUUGGUUGUGUGCUAUCCAGUCAGCAGAAAGACAAUACCCAAUUCCUUCAUCGAUUGUAAGUGAUAGUGCACAAAAACAGCUCGUUGGUCGUACAUUUCAUGGUCUUUAGACCUUCAUUCGGUGAUAUUCCCAUUUUCUGUAUCUUCCAUCGUGUCCUCUGGGGGUUUUCGAAGGAUAACCGUAGACGCAGAAGAUAAGAAGGCGAGCAUAUGGAGGGCGGCGGGGAAACGCGCAAGAGCAGAGCCAGCGCACGGGCGAUGGAGAGCUUGGAGGGACCCAAUGAGA